CGCCCGCGGAGGGACCGCCGCGCGUCCGGCCACCAUGUCCUACCAGGGCAAGAAGAACAUCCCGCGCAUCACGAGUGACCGUCUUCUUAUCAAGGGAGGCAGAAUCGUCAAUGAUGAUCAAUCUUUUUAUGCUGAUAUUUACAUGGAAGAUGGCUUAAUAAAGCAAAUUGGAGACAAUCUGAUUGUUCCUGGAGGAGUGAAGACCAUUGAGGCCAAUGGGAAGAUGGUGAUCCCUGGAGGCAUUGAUGUCCACACUCACUUCCAGAUGCCUUAUAAGGGCAUGACCACCGUGGAUGACUUUUUCCAGGGGACAAAGGCUGCCUUGGCAGGAGGCACCACCAUGAUCAUUGACCACGUGGUACCUGAGCCUGAGUCCAGCCUGACAGAAGCCUAUGAGAAGUGGCGGGAGUGGGCUGAUGGGAAGAGCUGCUGUGAUUAUGCUUUGCAUGUGGACAUCACCCACUGGAAUGACAGUGUGAAGCAGGAAGUCCAGAGCCUCAUCAAGGACAAAGGAGUUAACUCGUUCAUGGUUUACAUGGCCUAUAAGGAUUUGUAUCAAGUGUCCAACAUGGAGCUGUACGAGAUUUUCACCUGUCUGGGAGAGCUGGGGGCCAUUGCUCAAGUUCAUGCUGAGAACGGGGAUAUCAUUGCCCAGGAGCAAACCCGGAUGUUGGAAAUGGGAAUAACUGGCCCAGAAGGACAUGUACUGAGUAGACCAGAAGAACUUGAAGCUGAGGCUGUGUUCCGUGCCAUCACCAUCGCCUGUCAAACUAACUGUCCCCUGUACAUCACAAAGGUCAUGAGCAAGAGUGCAGCUGACCUCAUCUCCCAAGCCCGGAAAAAAGGAAAUGUGGUCUUUGGUGAGCCCAUCACUGCCAGCCUUGGCACAGAUGGGACCCAUUACUGGAGCAAGAACUGGGCCAAGGCAGCUGCAUUCGUGACAUCUCCUCCUCUAAGCCCCGACCCAACGACUCCUGACUACAUCAACUCUCUGUUGGCCAGUGGGGACCUGCAGCUCUCUGGAAGUGCCCACUGCACCUUCAGCACUGCCCAGAAAGCUAUAGGGAAGGACAACUUCACAGCCAUUCCCGAGGGCACCAAUGGCGUGGAGGAACGCAUGUCAGUGAUCUGGGACAAGGCUGUGGCUACAGGAAAAAUGGAUGAAAACCAGUUUGUAGCCGUGACUAGCACAAAUGCUGCAAAGAUCUUCAACUUGUAUCCCCGCAAGGGAAGAAUAUCUGUAGGUUCCGAUAGUGACUUGGUGAUCUGGGAUCCAGAUGCUGUGAAAAUUGUCUCUGCCAAGAACCACCAAUCGGCUGCAGAGUACAACAUCUUUGAGGGGAUGGAGCUGCAUGGGGCUCCGCUGGUGGUCAUCUGUCAGGGCAAGAUCAUGCUGGAAGAUGGCAACCUACAUGUGAUCCAGGGGGGCGGCCGCUUCCUCCCCUGCAGCCCCUUUUCGGACUAUGUCUACAAGCGCAUCAAAGCCCGGAGGAAGACAGCUGACCUGCACCCUGUCCCCAGGGGCAUGUAUGAUGGGCCGGUGUUUGACCUGACCACCACACCAAAAGGAGGCACCCCUGCAGGCUCUACUCGGGGCUCCCCUACCAGGCCAAACCCACCUGUGAGGAACCUUCAUCAGUCAGGAUUCAGCCUGUCAGGCACCCAAGUGGAUGAAGGGGUCCGCUCUGCCAGCAAGCGUAUAGUGGCGCCUCCUGGCGGCCGUUCUAACAUCACGUCUCUGAGUUAAAUAGCCCCACGCUAGCAAGAGGGGAAGAAGCAAGAAGAGUUUGUUUGUUUCAAAGCCAAAAUGGUGCAUCGAUGUUUGAGAAGGAAAGCGAAUCCAAACAGUUCUAAUGGAAAGAAUCAAUAAGCCUCAAGCCUUAUGUUUCUCCAAUGUUAACGCUCGCUUGCCUAGCUUUACGAGUAUUGCUUUGUUUUCUGUUUAUGCAUAGACUUGAUUUGUUUGUACCCCCACCCCAUUUACAUGCAUGCAGUCAGGCCACGACGGCAAAGUGUGCUAUAUAGUGUUGAGAGCGUGUGUAGUGUUGCAUCUUAUGACAAGGGGACAGACAAAGCUGGGAUGUCAGGAAAAUGAACAAAAGGGAGUUACUUGGGGUGCAUGGGUGGUGGGAGCCUGGAGCAAGGUGGAGGGGCUGGGUCAGGUGUUGGGGAGGGGGUGGUAGGGGAGCAUAGGUCUUGUGUAUUGUGCUGUUGAAGCGUGUUGCUACCCAUGGCAGAUGGCCACUAGAGCAACUUUACUUCACCUCCAUCCCGCAGGUCCACUGAGAAGACAGCCGUCUGGGCUUGCAGACUCACAGCUCCUCCUGAUAGAUUUCAUUUAGCCAAACAUUUCUUAAAGCAUAAAAACCAAACCAUUAUUUCCACCUGCUUGAUCGUGGCUGAGGAAGAGAAGGAAGGAAGGAAGGCUCCCUUGCUCGCUCUUGGUUGAUGAGUCUCCGAUGCUUUGAAUAGGCAACCCCUGGGAGCCGAGCAGGCCUGUGUGGAGCAGCCACGCUCCAUGCGUGUUGGAGGUCAGAACUCACUCCCUUGUCUUUGUGAGCACCAAGAGAAGCCAGCCUCUGCGGUUCCUUUCCUGCUCCUCCACCCCUGCUGGGAGGAGUUGGGCCUCUCUGGCCAGGGUACAUGGUUUAGUCUCUGGAGCUCCUGAAAUCCAGACACUGCUCAAGGUGACCUAGAAUCUUCCUUUUUGAAAGUAAUUGUAUCGAGUGUUCCCUGUAACCACUAGUAGGUAGUCUCAGCUUAGUAGGCAGUCUCAGCUUUCGAAGGAGUCAAGUGGGACCUUGGGAAUGCAAGUCAAGAGUAUUGGGAAUACUG